AUGGACGACGAGGAGUCGAUCGGUACGUUGCUGACUUUGAGUUCAUCGGUUAUCAUGCUGACUUUGAAAUUUUCAGCGGCAAACAAAUGCCCGGUCUGUGGGAGUGAUCCUCGAACACACCCAGGACUUCGCUUCAAGAUCAAUACCAAAUGCUAUCAUCGAAUAUGUGAAGGUUGCGUGGAUCGAAAUUUCUCGAGUGGCAAGGCAGAGUGCCCAGUGGGAGGAUGUCAUGUCAACCUCUGGAAACGAGAAUGGCGCACGCAGACCUUUGAUGACCUUAAGAUCGAACGUGAAGUCGAGAUUCGAAGGAGAGUCACGAAGACCCUCGAUCGUCAGGAAGAUGAGUUUGAGACCAAACGCGACUAUGACGAUUUUCUAGAGCUGAGAGAAGAAUUGAUAAUGAACCUCGUCUUGAGAACUGAUGUCGCCGCAACAAACCGCAAACUCAGAGAGUACGCCCUAGCAAAUGGGAUAAAGACAGACACCACAGAUUCGGCAGCGGAUUCGGGGGUAAAACCACCCGUGAAACGAAAGGAUAUCGCCCCUGACGCGGCAGAUCCCAGUGGUCUCAUCAAAGGACUGAAGAAGAUUGUCAUUCCCAAAGCCAAGUCUCCCUACGAUCCCUUCAUGGGUAUGCCUCGGACAAAAGACUACUACGAGGUCCAAGACAGCUACGUAUCUUGGGCAAAAGGCAAAACAGCAGAAGCCAUUGUCGCUGGAGGUUACGACUUUCAGCAGUAUGUGGAUGAGUGUCUCCUUCGAGCGUUUGCAGGGCUGGGAGUUUUCAUUGAGGAUGAGAUGUCGGCGAAGAACAAUACUGCUGUUCUAGGACCAGGCACCACAGAAGUCAAAUCUUCAGAUGAUGUAUUUUGA